AUGUCCCAGCAAUAUUACUGUUCCGUGGUCCAAAUCGGGGACGACCAUUCCACCAGGUUCACGUCACCGUUAACACUGUUCCAAUUCGCCGAAAGAACGGUGAACUCAGCGUGCGAUCUGUGGAAUCCUGGAGUUUACUCCAACUUUGACUCUACACGAGAGCUACAAGGGUUUACCACACUUGACAUUGGCCAAAAACUACUGAACCGAAGGCUCACGCUACAGUCGGAUUCUGGAAAUGAAUCUGUAGAUACAAGUUUCAGCGAAGACGAGUCUGUAGCCAGUAGUACGAAGAAGGUUAUCAAGCCUGUCACGAUAUACGACUUGAAGAAACAUGAAUUGAAGAAGGGAAGUGACGAUGUUGUUUUGAAUAUCUACGUCAACCCAGUGAGUUUUACAAGAUGUUUUAGGGAAAAACGUACAAAAAUUAAUUUUUUAAUUUCUGAUGCUAGCUGACAAACAUUAUAUUUGUGUAUACUUGACCGGUAGCUAACAGAAGUUACGCAAUUCAACUUUCAGAAUCAGUUGUGUAACGAAAAACGGAUCGCGGCUACACAUCGUAAGUGAAAUUGGCUAUUAAAUCUGUCAUGCCUUUUCGUUUGAUGAGUAAGCAAAUGUGAAUGUUAUAUCAAUGCUUUAGAGACACCUAGAAGCGGAAUGCAUUCCGACUACAAAGUCGUUCCAUGGGGUUUAGAACAACGUCCGGUGGGGAAGAUACGAAACCCAUACAAAUGUGACACUCCAGGUUAUUCUUUUGACAUUUCAUAUUCAAACUGUUUCCCCUUGGUUUCGUAGAAAAACGCAAAUUCCGAGUUUUUUAAAAUAAUUUCAAACUUAAAUACCUUUACUAUUUAUAGUAGUGAAGCUUAUUUACCGUACAAAGUAGUACAAUACUAUAUACUUUACGUUUUAAAAAGUGUCCAAUUUUAAAAAUGAAAGUAAAAUAACAUGCGUAUGUAAUGUUUGAACUCUUUCAGAUUCCUGCAAGAGCGAGGUAAGAGAAUGCUUAUGUUUACUCGACCCUCCAACCUAUGAUGUUCAAUAUAAGCUGAAGGGCCAUUAAACUUUUUCUCGCGCCUCCGGCUGUUUUUGUUAAUUCAGAAUCGUGACUCGUAUUUUCAGAUCAAUUCCGGAGUUUCCAAAGUCUGCUACACAGGGCGGAAGACUUCGUCCGAAAGUUCUGAGCCCCACCGUACAACUUCUGAAGUCUCAGAUUUGCCGUACGAUGACCAUCUCUACCAGAAACCCAUAAGAUUUACGGAUUCUGUCCACGAACAGAAGUCGGAUUCUGGUGUUCAAGCAGCUCCUGAAUUUCAAAAGGCUACUGGAAUUCAAGUUCAAACAGAUUCAAGGUCUCACGGUACUUCCAAUCAAAAACCAACUUCUGAAUUCAACGCGAAUUCUCCACCGAAAUCAGAUUCUGGAGAAAAGUGUGAGCAGAAUCCCCGGAUUCCGGUGUGGAAGUCAAGAUUCUUAGAUAAUAAACAAAAGAUCAGCGGAAAGAUGGAUGCAGACAUCUCGGCGGCUAGUUUCACUUUCUACGACCAGAACGGACUGCCUCAGGACUCGUUAAGCCAGAGAGUGAGUGCUCAUCUGUUGAGGAAGUCGGCCAUCAGAGCUUCGAUUCCACGCGGCCGAAGCCAAACAUUCGUGGACAAAAGUGCAAAGCCAAAGGUAACAUACACAUCAUGUCCUCCCACGGUUAUGAAUAAGUCAUUUUGUUACCUAAAUUUAUAGGUCACCUAACUUUAGGAUAUUAGGGUUAAAACGUACAAUAUGAAGAAAUAUCUAAAGCAUGGGUACUGCCUUUUAAUUAAAGGUACUGAUUUUACUAUGUUUUUGUAAAAGAAGAUAUUUGGUAUGCAGACAAUGACGUGAUCUUCUAAUAUUAGAGUAGAAGGUGGUAAAAGAGAUCUUUCUUUUACCGUAUAAUAAACUACCAACAGUUGUCAUAAUUACCGUAAAAUUAACAUGUUCAGUCUGGAGACAAUUUUGAAAACUGCUGGGAAUAAUUUAUGAAAUUACUUUACAGAGUAAACAGCUCAAGUAUUCGUUUCAAGUACGAAUUUUAAAAAUGUUUCGAGUAACGUGUUGAAAACUUUGGCAGAAGGUCAAGCUUCCGUAUUUUAAAAAUUUAAUUAAAAUUUUGUUUCAGGUGCUACAGCCACGCUAUGACAGAUCGACAGUAAUCCCUCGACGACAACAGGUAACGUUUUCAAAAAGUAUUUCGAAAAAUAAAGCUGUUUCGAUAACUGUAGUCAAUAGAUGUAAGAUGUAAGGCAACUCUUCGGCAGAGUCUGAUAACUUCAGCAGAAAAGCUUGUCUAAAUAUAAUAUUAUAGUACGCCUUGAUCUCCAUACCUUUCUUUUUAAAUACGGUAGUAUCUUGUUAUAUAUAUAUAUACUUACAAGUAUCUUGAUGUGUUACGUUCAACGUCAUUAAGUGCCAUGUGUAUAUUUGGAGUUGUUUGCAUUACGUUUCUGAUGAUUUAAGCCGCCUCUUCACUAUUAAAUUUCGACCUCUAAUUACAAUGUUUCGUACCUAUUUACCAUUUACACCUUGACCAUUUACUCUUCACAAACCCUUUAAUUACAGUUUUUUACAUUAACAUGAUGAGGUUGUAACAUGCCAUAAGGUAUAAUGUAUAGUUUAUGUAAUUUGUGUUACAUUGCAAUAAGUAUAGUUUAUUUACAGUUUGCAAAGUUAAUGUCUAAAGCUGUAAUUUGACAGCCGUAAAUGACACUUACAAUCCUACAUAGUUAUAAUAUAAGAUUGUAAUUACAUGAUUAAAGGUACAAAACGUCACCCCUUACCCUCUGAUUACUUCAGAUAUCAGACCAGAAACGCCGCUCGGUCAGUGUACAUAAUGAGAACGUAAUAACCGUGCACGGCAAGACCAAAUGCUCCGCCUGUCAAUUCCAACUCGGUAAUUACUUUUUGUGGGCCAAGUAAUCCUAGUUUCCUGCUAAUUGUACAACUCGUUUGUUUGCAGGGCGUGGCCAAGCCAUGGUCAUAUCCGACCUCAACCUUUUUUACCACAUGGGCUGCUUCGUAUGUCAACGGUGUAAGGUGCCACUGACCGAUUACAGGGAACCGGUCGAGUACAGAAGAGAUCCGACCGGUCACCAAAGGGGCUUGGCCAAUGACAAAGGAGACUUGGCCGUCCGAGUGUUCGAUGAUCAGCUCCGUUGUCGCUUCUGUUUCGACCGUUCCGAAGCCGGCUUCAAAUCUAGCCACAUCUAA